AUGCUUGAUCAUUGUCAACCAAUAUUAAUUAAUAAACUCUAUGGUUCAUUAAUAAUCAAUACAAAUCAUAGUUUAAAAUGUCUAAAACCACGUCAAUGGUUAUUUUUCUAUGAUUAUGGUUAUACAUUAUUGAUUCGUUUGAUUAAUAUAACUCAUUUACUUUCAAAGUCAUAUAUAUUUAAAAUUUAUUCAAUUAUAAAUCAACAAAAAACACUUGUAUAUGAUUCAACAAAUAAAACAAUUGUAAAUAAUGAAAUUCAAUUAGAUUUACGAGAGAAGAAUUCUGGUAUAUUACUUGAAUUAAUAUCAAUUAAUCAAAAGAAUAUGCAAGAUACAUCAUUUAUAAUUGAUUAUGUUUUUCGAGAUAUUACUCAUUCACGUUAUGGUCGACAAAUACUUCAAGAUAAUUCUUCUCCUUCAUCAUCAUCAUCAUUCAGUCCUACUCAACCAUCAUUUAUUGCUUUAAUAUGUAUUAUUGGUGUUCUACUAAUUGGUAUUAUUGUUACAAUCGCAAUUUUUUGUUAUAGACAUUGUUCUUAUCGACAAAAUUCUCAGAAACGACUUAAAUCUCGGCGAAUAUCAACUGAUCAACAAACUACUGAUCAUACACAUUUAGCAGCAUCAAUAACAUCAUCAUCUGCUUCAUCACAUUCUCUUCGAUCAACUCGACAUUUAUCUUCACAGCAUCAUUUAAUUCAUACUCAACAACAACAACAACAAGUAUCAUCACUUGGUGUAAGUACAAGUACUUUACCAUCAAUUCUACCAUCACGUCGUUUACAACAAUCAAUGAUAGAUGCUUAUUUAAAUGAUUACAAAUCAUUUCAACCUAAUACAAUUGAUCCUAAACAAUUAAAUUCAUAUUUAUUUAUUGAUCUUCAUUCAACAUCAAGUGAUACAUAUCCAGAUGGUAUUUCAAAACAAUAUGUACAUGAUAAUACAACAACAAGUGGUUAUGAUACAUCAACAGGUGGUGAUGAUAGAAAUUAUCAAAAUACAAUUCGAUAUCGUCGACGUCGUUAUCAUUAUAAUCAACGACAACGACGUCGUUCAACAAAAACAUUAAAACGAUCACAUGGUCCUCGUUUUCUUAUGCGUGAAAGAUCCUUACCAGCAAAUCUUCUUAAACUUCCACAACUUCGUCAAGAUCGUCAUUUAUUUGGUUUAGAUAAUCAUAUUAACAGUACACAUAGUAAUACUAAUCAAGAUCUUAUAUCAACAAAUUUAUCUACGACAACAGAUGAUUAUGAUGAAAGUCAUGCUUAUCAUAUUCAACAUAGUCGUACAAUGAAUACUAUUGAAGAAGAAAAUCCUAUAAUGAUUCAUAAAUCAUUUUCACAACAACCAUAUUUUUUUGAAAUGGUUUCAACAAAUCGUGGUGAUGAUAGUGAUAUGCCAAAUUAUGAAGAUCUACGAAUACCAUAUAAAUCUUCUCCUAUGAUGGGUGAUGGAAUUGCUUAUGUUAAUGAUUCAAUUAUUGUAUAA